AUGCUAUGCCGACGAGGGUUACGAAUACCUCAUUUUCACCUUCAGACCAUCAGAACAUUGUCUGUAAGCUACGAAGCAACAGAAACAAACCGCAAGACGAAAAAUUAUAAGCAUCUUGUUCUCAAACAAACUCCAAACCUCACUUCCAAGAACCCAUUGCUCGAUCAAUUAAAUGUCUUGAAGACUUCCCCCCUGCAAAAUGACGUACAGAAGUUGCUCAAUGCGUGUGCCAGCGGAAAGAGGACGGGCUCUGUCGAAAUUGCGAUCGAAGCAUACUUGUUGGCAAGUACGUCGUUACUGAAUCUCACCAAUUCGGAGAUUGAUAGAAAUACCCAAAAUCUCUUGACCACUUUCAAAUACUGCAAUGAUGUCCACCAACUUUUACACCUUCGAUACUUGUGGCUAAAUGUAAUACCAAAAUUUACACAACUGCCGGUUAACAAAGUUCGAUAUUACGUCGCUUUCAUUCAGGUAAUGCUUAACACUUCCCAGAUAAUACGUGCAAAGGAAUUGUUUAUUGAAAUAUUGACGAUGGAACUCGAAUUGGCACCACAAGACAGAUUGAACUUGAUGCCCACUGCCCGAUUGCUUGACAAUAUGGUCUCCUAUUCUUCUUGCGACGACAUCGUGGAUAUUCUACAAGUAAUACAGCCCAUAAAACCCAUGGAUUCCACAAAGUUUUUGUCUUUUGCAUUGGUGAAUAGCCACUACCGGUUAUUGACUCACAUCUUUGACCAUCACAUAUCCCCAAAUCUUGACAAUACCAAUGUAAAUGAGCUCUUUAACAGAGAGACAUUACUUCAAAUUUUGCAUACAUUUGCACUCCACGGAGAUGUGCAAAGGACUCUUGCCAUGAUUGAGCCAUACUUUCUCCAUGAAUCGUUGCAGGGUAGAAAAUCACUUACCAAAGAGCUAUCUCUCGAAAUAAUCCAAGCAUAUUGCUAUCAUGUUCCUUCUCAGACACAUAGCGAUGAAACCAUCAUGAGAGUAUUCGAUAUCAUCUCUGGACUCAAUAAAAAGUUGAAAAGGGAACGUCGUGACUUACUCACUUAUAAAGACAUCACUGAGCCUAUGUCUCAUAGGUAUAUGAACUAUUAUACUAGUGCAAGCGAAGAAACCGAACCGGAUAAAGACGACAUACAAAUGGAUGGAGGAAAUCCCAACCCUAAUGGGAAUGCAAUGGCUAAUCUUCAAGCACUUUCCUCGCUAAUCAACGUCCAUCUAGCUUAUAUCAAACGGAUGGAAUAUUCUUCGGACGUCGCUAAGAUUUUCUUGAACAGCGUUUUGAAUCAUAUCAAUUUAUAUCAAUCAUUUACCGGAAUGGUCAGAGCACUUUUGGCAUUCCAGAGAUUCGAUCCUUCUUCAUUCAAAGCGUUUGUGGAUUACGAUACACUCGACAUUAUUUUUAAUUCCCUUUCAAACUCAAACGCUGCUAAACAAGCCAGCUUGCAUCUUUAUCAGUUCAUGAAAGCUCAAAACAUCCGCCUCACCCACGACAAUUAUAGAUGUGUCAUAUCAGCCUCGUUGAGAGGAAACUUUCAUGAACUACUCCAAUAUUAUCUCUACUGCUAUAUAUCUGACUUUUCAGGUGUAAUUGAUGGCAGAAUAUGGGAUCUCAUCAAGAAUCUUCCGGAGUCCAUUGUCAAGAGUAACACAUCUACCAAGCUUGCAAUAGAUUAUGUUCUGAAGGUUUACAAGAGGGAGAUCACAGCUGAUGACCUUGACGAAUACUGGAAUCAACACAAGAUAUGUCAAUCUGAACCUUCUAUCAAGGACGAAAAUCUACCUAGCUUUUCGCGCCAAUAUAAUUAUACAGUGGAUUCUCGUGAUACUGCCUACUUGAAGUUCCAUAACUCGUGA